UGUUUGUUUACCUUCUCAAAACAUCACCACAUCACGUCUGAUAAGAUCUGGGGUAAAGCCUAUACACUGUCUCUAUAACAUCAAGGAAUUGAAAGGGGGGACAGCACAUCACGCCAACAGACUACGACUGGAACAAAGCUUGACGACUUCAGGGGAGUGACUGUUGCUGUCUGCUUUCCACAGGGGGCCACCCACCACAGCUAACACACAGUUUCCCAAUAACAACAAACGCUAUCAACAGGUAGGAAGCCAUUGCGCGUUGGAAGUUGUUGUGCCAGCAUGUCAAACGAAGAAACACACGAAUUCACUGAAGAUGACAUCGCGUCUGUUGUUCAGCAGGCCAUGGAAGGCCUAGUUGAGAGCCAACUUGGGCCUGAUGAUCAACAAGCCCAAAAUCAAAACAAUGAUGUUGAUGAGUUCGAACAAGAAAUUCAGCGGCAAUUGGAGGCACAAUUGCAGGAGCAUGGCACUGGUAACCAUGGGAAUGACCAAGUAGGUGUUGAAGUUCAAUCCACGAUUGAUGCGGUGGGGGAGACGGUUGAUUCAACUACUGCCAUUGAAACGACGGUUCAAUCUGCGACUCAGGAAGCCAGUAAUGGUAGUAAUAACAUUAAAGAAGAAGAUGAUGAUUUUGCCAAAGAAAUUGAAAGACAGUUACAACAACAGAUGGAAGAAGAGAUGGCAAAGCAUGCUAUGGAACAGUCAGAACCUGUUGAAGAUAAUACCCGUGUGGAUGCGCCAGCGAUGGCUAUCGACUAUGAACAAGAGCUGACGCGUCAAAUAAUGGAUGCGCUUGAUGAUAACGGUAACACAUCCACAGACCAGCAGGACGUUGAUCAAAUCUUGCAGGCAAUAAAUGCUACUGAUGCCGUCGUUGAGGAGUCUAAACAGUUUCAUACUGACUCUACAGCCCAGUCUGUACAAUUUAAUGCCCCUCAUUCGGCUCCACAGCUGAAAAAGAAUAUUCAAACUCAACAGGACCAAACAGUGACUCAGCCAGAAGAGGUCAACUAUGAAGCACAACUUCAUAAGCAAAUCAUGGAUGCCUUCGCCGCUACUGAAGAUAGUCAAAGUUCUCAAGUGAAUGUUUCAGGUGCUCAGGAGAAGCAAGCUUCAAAUCAAGAUGGUUUGGGUGCAGAUCUCGAACAAGAACUUCAUAAUCAAAUAUUGCAAGCUUUCAAUGAAUCAAAGACUGUUACUUCACAGAAUUCGCAAGAAAAUGGAGCCAUUGAAGAGGACCCUUACAAAGACGCUUUGGCGGAGUUGGUACGGAAUGUUGUUGAAACUCAAGUUGAUGCGAGUGAUAAAGCUCAGGAACAACAAGGAGUACAUGUAACUUCUGUUGAUGAGGAGGAUAUUGAUAUGAACCAGAUCAUGCAGAAUGCUUUGGCAUUGGCUGUUGAAGAUCCAAACACCUUAUUACAGAAUCUUAACAUUAGUGAGGACUUUGAUUCAGCUUUCUUGGGUCAAAUGCUUCAACAAUCUGAAGAACAAACAAAAGGAUCAAAGAAUAAAACCACCAAAACUAAGGAAAAGAAAUCACAAAAAGAGAAGAAGCCUAGACAGCCUCGUAAGGCUACAAAGAAGAAGAAGAAUCAACCAGUGGUAUCUCAAAUCCCAAAUUUUGUACCGAAUCCACAAUUCAGUAUUACUGGUAUUCCAUUCCCGCAGAACCUACAGCACUUGCCACAGAGCUUACAAGUUCAAUUUCAGCAACAAAUUCAGCAGCAACAGCAGCAAAUGUUGUUAUUACAGCAGCAGCAACAUCAGCAGCAGCAGCAGCUAUUACUACAACAACAGAAACAUCAGCAGCAGAAACAUCUGUUGCAACCGAAUCAACCUACAUCGUCUAGUAAACAACCAUCUCAGCAAGCUGUCUCAACAUCUAACUCCAUCGAUGUAUCCGGGAAAUCCGCUGCUAAUGUCCUAGUACCAGAGCCAAAGUUCCCAAAGCCGGCUCCUGCCAAUUCAAUUCUCGAUUCUGUGAAAAAGGUACCACCAUUAGUAUUACUAUCUAAAGACACCUCUAUUGAUUUGGCUAAUUCUACAAAACAAAAGAAGACAUCCUUAUCAAUUGCAGAGACAUUGGCGUUGAGUCGUCAAUCGAUGUCAAGUGGAAAGUUUUCUUCUAAGUUGAAUGCAAAAUCGCAAGAAGAAUCACAACAGAAGCUUGCGUCUGAACAAAGUCCUUCUCAGGAAGUAUCUGGCUCUGUUUUGAGAUCUCCGUCAUCGCAAGUUGGGUCGGCUCAACCUUCAACUAAUAAUCAAUACGUUGCCCAGCUAUCUCAGCCAGCCACUUAUCCCCAAGUUUCCGGACACCAGGACCAAGAGGGACUGUAUAGACAGGUGGGUUAUGACUUUGAGAAUUCAGACCAAGGCGACAAGCAUACUCUUGAGUCUGCACUAACUUUGGCCAGUGAGAUUUUGGCAAAAGAUUCUCUUGAUAGCGGAUCAUCUUCAAAGGCAAAUUCCGGUGUUUCAAGUCCACAAUUACCUGUUACGCCAGGUGCCCAGGGAACUCUUUUGUUGAACAACAUUGGAAGUUUAUUGCCAAACUUGCCAUCUCAUUUACAAUCUUUGAUUUCGUCUGCAAUUUCACAAGCAUUGGCUAACACAGCUCAACAACCGCAACGCAGGGAAAACACGAAGCCAUUUAAGAAAAAGAGUCUUCCAGCGAAGGAUGAGACACCUGAACAACAGAAAGAGAGAAUCAGACUGGAAAAUCGUGAGAGAAAGAAGAGAUGGAGGGACGCCAAUCGUUUGAAGAAUCAAAAUAAUGAUUUGAGAGCAAGAUUAAAAAAGAGGGCCAUUCAUUUGUUUGGAGCUGAAGAUUCACAGAAAAAACUAGAUUGGAUUGAAGCUGAGUUUGAGAAAAGAAAGAACAGACGUAUCAUCCGGAGUGCCAAGUUGGAAGACUUGACUGCGGCUAUCAGUGAUACCUUGAAUAAGUUGGAUAUUCACAAUGUAGAUGAAGAGACUCUUUCUGGUGUUGUUAAACAGAUCGUUUCCAAUUCUCUGGGAAAACCAAAGUCUCGUACCAAUGGCGAACAAAAACAGCAGCAGCAACAGCAGCAACAGCAGCAACAACAGCAGCAACAACAGCAGCAGCAGGAGCAGCAGCAGCAGCAACAACAACAUCGUGAUGACAUUGAUAGUCUUGACAAUGCAGUCAUUGAAUCACUUGCGGGCUUUAACAAAACUUCGGAACUUGAAGAUGCUAAGAUUCUUGAUCAUGAGCUUUCUAAAUUAAUCUCUGCAUCUAGUGGUGGGGAACUGCAAGAGUCACAUCUUCAGACACUUGAUGUCCAUGACUUUGAGUCCCAAGUUGAUGCCCAGUCCAUGGUUGCUCAGAAGGAACAACAACUUGUUUCAGCUGUUUCUCAGAAUACUCCAAAAGUUAUUCCACAGAAAAGAACCAGUGAUGUGUUGACUGGCUUUAACGUUAAUAAAGCCAAACUGAAGUUAAUUAGAAUGCCCGGGUUUGACUCUAAAGAUAGAAAGAAAGAUGUGAAGGAUAACGCCACUGUUGUUGAUGAUGAAGAUGGUGACGAUGGUAAUGGUAAUGAUAAGUCAAAUGAUGGAGGUUCCCAAACAAAGUUGGUGGAAUCCAUGAAGACUUUGGCUGUUCCGGUUGCGAAGAGCAUAACAGUGACACCAGCGACAACAACGACAAAGGAGGCAUCAUCGAAGCCAUCCACUACCACGACAGUCCUACCAUCUCGUCCUACACCAAAGGCUAAGGCACCAUCACCGCCUAACAAUCCACGUUCUACCAUCAAGAUACCAACUUUUAAGAAGGAGGCUCCUGCGUCUACACAAGCGAGUUCCAAACCUCCAUCAGCGUCGUCCUCGCCAUCUUCAACGAGUGUUUCCACUUCAGUGAUAAAGAAGGAGAAGCUGUUGAUGAGACCAAAGUUUGGCGGUGGGUUACGCAAGCCUUCUACUUUUACCAAUGGUUUGCGUAAGCCUGGGCUCACUGCCGCUGCUGGUGACAAGAAAGUUGGUGCAUGACUAGUGAAGCAGUCUUACAAAGGGCCAGUGCUUGUUUUUAUACCAACAUAUCCAGUUGUACAUUAGAUGGGUAUUUAUAAUGUGUUUAUUUUUACAGGGGACAAGAAGGGUUUAAUAGAUUGAACAAUGUAAUAUACUUUGAACAUUGCAGUAGCCCUUGUGUAAGGAUUUAGGGGUAAGAGUGCUGUUCUUCUCCCAUUAUCCCACUCCUACUAUCUCAGCCCUAUAAUCCCGGCCCUAUAAUCCCAC